CGGACGGUGAGAUGAGGGUGAAAUCGUCUCUUCUCCGGGCAGGCGCCUGUGGACUCCACUCCUGCGAGGAAAGCGCCGCAGUUCUGCAAGGACAGAUCUGGUGCAUUUAACUGCUGUUCGCCUGCUACAGAAAGAAAAAUUCUGGCUGCUUCCUGCGCAUGGAUGCUCUGCUCCGAGGCCUGGACUAGCUGCUGCGGCUCCUGUCUGGAUUUAGCAGGGAGCAGCAGCACCAGCCAGCAAAUCACCAUGGAAAAGAUACUGAAAACAGAACUAAAAACCUCUGUUCUGAAGGCGUUUGGAAGCUCGGGGGGAGGAUGCAUCAGCCAAGGACAGGGCUAUGAAACGGACAACGGACGAGUAUUUGUUAAGAUCAACCAGAAGUCUCAGGCUAGAAAGAUGUUUGAAGGGGAAAUGGCAAGUUUGGAAGCUAUUCAGAAAACCGGCACGGUGAGGGUGCCCCAGCCGAUUAAGGUGAUCGACCUUCCCGGCGGAGGAGCGAUGUUUGUCAUGGAGUACCUGAAGAUGAAGCAUCUCAGCAGAUAUUCUUCAAAGCUUGGAGAGCAGAUAGCAGAUCUUCAUCUGUAYAACCAGAAGCUUAGAGACAAACUGAGAAAGGAGGAACACACAGUUGGUAAAGGUGCAGGUCACUGUGAGUCUCAGUAUGUGGAUAAAUUUGGCUUCCAUACAGCUACUUGCUGUGGCUACAUAGCACAGGUGAAUGAAUGGCAGAGUGAUUGGCCUUCUUUCUUUGUACGUCACCGACUCCAGGCUCAGUUGGAUUUGAUUGAAAGAGAUUAUGGAGACAGAGAAGCAAGAGAACUUUGGUCACAGCUGAAACCAAAGAUCCCCGAGAUGUUCUGUGACGUAGAAGUUGUUCCUGCUCUCCUGCAUGGGGACCUGUGGGCAGGGAACGUGGCCGAGGACGACUCCGGGCCGGUUGUCUUUGACCCCGCUUCCUUUUACGGCCAUUCAGAGUUUGAACUGGCCAUUGCUGGCAUGUUCGGGGGCUUUAGCAGCUCUUUCUUCUCUGCGUAUCACAGUAAAAUACCCAAAGCUCCAGGAUUUGAGAAGCGAAACAAACUGUAUCAGCUCUUUAAUUAUAUAAACCACUGGAACCAUUUUGGGACAGGGUAUAGGGGCUCUACCCUAAACGUAAUGAAAAAGCUUUUAAAGUAAACAAAACCAUCUGAGAAAUUCUGACGCAGUCCCUGCUAAUCAACAUAACACAACCUAGCGGUUAAUUUUGGUGAUAAAACAUGUGACAGCUGUAAAAGGCUCAGUAGUUUUUGAGCCUCACUAAAUGUUGAGAGUGGCUGUGUUAGUUUUACAGCAUGUACUAGUUUACUACCUUAGGGCCACACCACGCUGAAGGAAAAACUUGCAUCACUUGUGGAAACUUUGCUAGGCUGGAUAAGGAGCGGGGCGGUGGGGUUAACCUGCUGCCCGCAGCGUCGCCCACUGCCCUGUGCUCGGCUCCCUGCCCCUUUGCUGUCCUGUCGCCCCUUCCUUCCUUCCCGAGGGCGGCUGUGCGGGCUGGCGGGGCUGGAAGGAAUCCCUGGCUCCUUUCUGACUGCUUUUCCUGGCCUCUUCUGUGCUGGCUCCCAUCCCUUCCUCCAUUUAUGCUUCUGUAUUUUCUUUCCUUCUCCUUGCAAGCGUUCUGAUCCAACAUUUAAUUCAGAUUCUAUGAAUCUGGAAAUGAAAACCUUCUCUUUAUCCGAGGAAGAGUAGAUUGGGCCCUUGGGACUGCGCUUUGCAAGCGUAUAUAAUAGCAUUUCUUGUAUUUUUUGUACUUAACAGAAUUUUCCUAAUAGUUGCAUAUCCKAGCUAUAGUAAGAUAUGUUAGUGGGUUAUGCAAUGAUAGUAAUAUAUAUUUAAAUGACUUUGUAAAAAUACAGCAAAAGAGGGUGACUUAGCUGUUUGAUGGCAAAGAURCAUCUAUUACUGCUGCAGUGCUGACUUGCACUUGAUUUUACUUUCAAUUCUAUUUUAUUUCAGAAAAUAAUCUAUGCUAGGCAAAGCUAGUCGGCUCUACUACUACUGGCUUAUUGAAGGCACAAUGUAAAAAAAAUUUUUU